AGAGGAGGGGAGUCGUAGAGAAGGAGGGAUAGAGGAAGAGGAGGAGGUGAAAGCCUGAAUAAAGCAGCUCCUCCCGCUUCCUCGAGCUGCCCGCAGACCGGACAGCAGCAGCAGCAGCAGCAGCAGCAGCAAAGCUCCAAUCAGCAGGAAAAUCACGUCCUUCUUUGGAUUUAACUAUCCGUGAGUGACCGACACUUCACCGGAGCACCGACAGUGUCCCCUCUGUGAACCGACCACCGUCAUGCUGUCCCCGGGACUCUCCGUGUCUCUGCUGGCCGUGUCCUGCGCCCUGUGGCCGGCUGCGGUCCGGGCAGCGUCCUGUGAGUCGGUGCGGAUCCCGCUGUGCCGGUCCAUGCCGUGGAACAUGACCAAGAUGCCGAACCACCUCCACCACAGCACGCAGGAUAACGCGGUGCUGGCCAUCGAGCAGUUUGAAGGGCUGCUGGGUACUGGCUGCAGUCCAGAUCUGCUCUUCUUCCUGUGCGCCAUGUACGCUCCCAUCUGCACCAUCGACUUCCAGCAUGAGCCCAUCAAACCGUGCAAGGCGGUGUGUGAGAGGGCGAAGCACGGCUGUGAGCCGGUGAUGAAGCGUUACAACCACAGCUGGCCCGACAGCCUGGCCUGCAGCGAGCUGCCGCUGUACGACCGUGGAGUCUGCAUCUCACCUGAGGCUAUUGUUAAGGCAGAGGGACCAGAUCCAUACUACCAGGACCCAGCCAGGUGUAACCCAGAAUCCAGUCCAGACUUUCCAAUGGACUCCAACAACCUCCACUGCAGAGGACCAAACAGAGAUCGCUGCAGGUGUAAGACGGUCAAAAUGACUUUGAAGACCUACCUGAGGAACAACUACAACUAUGUGAUCAGGGCGAGAGUGAGGGAGGUGAGGAACCGCGGCCUGGAGCCCACAGCGGUGGUGGAGGUGAAGGAAGUGCUCAAGUCUUCUCUGGUCAACAUUCCCAAGGAGACGCAUACACUCUACUACUCUUCCUCCUGCCUGUGUCCUCCUCUGUCUCCCGGGGAGGAGUUCCUCAUUAUGGGCUAUGAGAACGAGGAGACGUCCAGGUUGCUGCUGAUCGACGGCUCCAUUGCUCAGAAGUGGAGGGACAAAUUGGGCAAGAAGGUCAAGAGAUGGGAUGACGUCCUGCAGGGGAAAGGCCAAGCAACUCAGCGCCGGAGUCGCCACUGAGAUCUGACUGUGUGUGUGGUGUGUGUGUGUGUGAUCGUGUGGAUGACCGUGUGCGUGUGUGUGACUGUGUGGAUGAUUGUGUGUGUAUGUGUGUGUAGAUAUUGCACUAUCACAGGCUGUUGUAGCUGAAUGUAGUUCAUCUCUACAUCUGUCAGACUGUCUGUUCGCAGUCUGAGUUUUGUCUUUUAUUUUCUUUGCACAAACAUUAUUUAGUGUGCGUUUUAGUGUGUGUGUGUGUGUUUGUGAGCGUGUGCAUGUGUGCGUGUGUUUGUAUGUAUGCGUGUGUGUGUGUGUGUGUGUGUGUGUGUGUGUGUGUAUACACCUAAAGCACUCAAUGAAGACAAGAGAGGGGGUGGAGCUUCAAAGCUGUAGUACUAAACCCUACGCACAGCCAUGCAGUAUGUACAUGACACUUUGUUUGAAAAAGAAAAAUUCUUUUAAGUGGCGGCCAUGUUGGCGCCACGGCUCCUCUCCAUGGUCACAUUUCGUAAUAAUCCUGGAUGUUGGCCACGUUACCACGGUGAUGUGAUGGAGGACAUUUAAAGCCAUUUGGACUUGGACAUUUUGGACUGUGAUAGACGUGUAGCCACGACCUAAACUUUACUGAACUCUGCAGAAAAGGAAAGAAUGAUAUUCACGCUGUGUUCAGACAGCAACAAGAGCGACUCAAGCAACGGCAACUAAGGCAACCAGGGCAACAUGAGCAAUAUCAGCUGCUCCCCUCUUCACUAUGGUUGGAUCCAGCGCCUCCUCUGGUCUCGAUGUGACACCACAACAUAAAACGACAAAUGUUCAUGUUCAGAACUGCUGAGCAGGAUAUCUACGAUCAGUGGCCACUUUAUUAGGUACACCUGUACAAUCUAAUGCAAUUCAAUCCAACAGCUCAACCAUGAACUCGACCUUCACGAAAUUCAUGUUUAGUUUUUGUUGAUAAUGUAUAGAUUCAAUUAUAUGUUUAUUAAUGAGGUCACAGUUAAAGGUUGUGUUGUACUGGAUUAGUCCUACGUUAUAUGAGAGGUGAAUAUAACACACCAUCGCUAACUAUGACCUCAGUGCUCGCCAACAUUAUAUGCAUCAUAGAAGUAAACCUUAUGACAGAACAGGUGGAUUACAUUGCAUUACACUGUCCAGACACAUGUAGAUGUAGAUGACUAUUCUGACGGAAGAGUGUUGAGUGUGUCUCUGGAUGUUUUUUGGGUUUGGAUCAACUAUUAAGUUGGUCAGUUUCAAAAGGCAUGAAUUCCUGCAGCUGCUCUGUGGGUUGGACUUCUUUUAAAUUCUGUGUAGCACAACGCAUUAAUAAGAGAGCCGUCUUUAAAUGAAAUUGAUCACAAAAUGGAAAUUAAAGCAAGAAAAAAAUUAAAUGUGACAUGGAAACUAUGGAACACACAUUGGUCAAUUUAUUAACAAAUUUGAAAUUCCAUUUUUAAAUUCAAUUAUUUCUGUGUUUUACCAUUUAUGGACAAAAUAAGAAAAAUAAUUACUGACAAAUUUAAAAUUUUAAUCAUCUUCUGGAUGUGUAUUUUAUUAAUUCAGGAUGGCACACUACAUAUUUAUACACAUACAGUUUUAAGAUUGUCUUUGUUGAUGUUGCCACUAAAGGUUUAUCAAGCUGUCAUUAAACUCUCCACCAUCUUUAGUCUCAUUAUGAAUGGUUCAUCAGAAAUUUCAAUCACAAUUGAGUUUUUGCUAUUCACUUAUAUCAGUUGUCAUCUUUUACUUCUUUGGUUAGGUCUGGUUGAUUAGGUCAUGUAGCAAGCGUUUUUUAAAUCAGUACUGAUGCACACUACUUGUUGUUUCACUGAUGUGAUACAUUUCCUUUUGGAUACUGGGGGGUAUUUUAAGGGCUUUUCUCACAGCAUACAUUUUGAUUUGUCAUCGUAGGAAAAGCACAGGUGUAGCUAAUGCUGCAUUUCCACUGCGUGAUAUGGCACGGCUCUACUCAACUUGUCUCGCUCUUUUGGGGUUUUUUAUCAGCAAAACUUGUGGAUAGUACCCAGUACUUCUUUGGUACCACCUCAUCGAGAUUCCAAGCAAGCUGCGCUGAUACUAAAAGUUGGAGUUAAAAUAAAGCAGACCACUGAUUGCUCAGAGAGAAUCAUGCGUCACGGGACAUCCUGCACAAACCUGCUAUUUUCAAAUAGCCAAUGAUGGAAGAAACUUUGACCCAUGCUUACAAACAUUUUGGAGACAGGAAAUUGGCGACACAGAUGGAGAGGUGGAGCCCUGAUUGUAGAAAAUGUUGAAUCAUUUUUGGCGCCCACGACUUUGGCUUUUGUUCGUACGUACAUUUUUAGUAUGGAUCAUACGCAUUGUUUUACAAAUAAGAUCCCUGGUACCGAAAGUGAGACGAGUCGAGCUGAACCAUGAGGUGGAAAUGAGGCAUUAAUACUAUUAACAAUAGCUCUGUUAUGGUCAAGUGUUCCAGUAAGUUAUGGCAGUGUGACCGUGAGCAUGGACGACACCAGGAUACACUGAAGCAGCUGAAUGGAAUUCAAACCCAUCACCUGAGCUUUUCCGACUGUGACCUGUCAAAAUGUCUGCUGUGAAAGUGGCUCGUCCUUCCUCCCAGAGCAGACCUGCUGUCUGAACACAGCCUCUGAUGAUAAACAGUGCUCUCUGUCAUUAUCACACAGUAAAGUCUGUCCAUGUAAACACACUAACACCCAGUACUACACUUCUUUUAUCAGUAAACUAUACUAACACUCCGAUAUUUUGAACUCUGGACUCUUCACAGCAGUUUGAACCAUUAAACAUGAUUUUAGACAACA